GUGAGCGGUACCCGAAACGGAAGUCGGAGCCCAGAAACCCCUCCAAGGGGCGCCAGGCACACGGAGUCAGCUGAGUAUGUAAUGAAAGAAAAUAAAAUCCAUGGAGGGAUCUGGGAAAGAACAAAGGGCGAAGAAAAAAGGCGGUCCCACAGAUCCGUUGAAGAUUAUAGGAUAACAUGGGAGGUGAAAUCAGACGAAUAUCAGACAGACACUCUAUGGACUCCCCGCGUACUGGGACCCAGCCUCCGGCAGCUGAAGACAGCACUAGCAGUCGACGGAAUAUGAUGACCAUGUCGAUCGCAAGAGGGACCAAGUUGUCCAAAUCAGGACCAUCCCCCGGGCUCACUCCACCCGUCAAGAACAGCAAAGCCAGGCGGCAAUCACAGAGCUGUGAUGCUUGCAGAGCCCGCAAAGUGCGCUGUGCUAAAGAUACCCAAGACCAGAAACAACCUUGUAAACACUGUUUGACCCUGGGCAUACCAUGCACGUAUGACUACCAGCCUAAGAAACGAGGCCCCCCAAACCUCUAUCUGCGCAGAUUGCAGCAAGCCCAAGCUACCGGAGGAACUUCGGGCGUCUCUGCACAAUGUCGGGAUGACAGCUCCUCAGACCCAUCCAUUUCCCCUUUAUCACAAACCCUCACCAGUCAAUCUCAGCGCAACGUGACCCCAUCCUAUGUUGCCCAAGGUCAGCUGGCUGUUGGGGAACCUUGCAUGUCUUCAUCAUCAAACGUAUUAUCUCAACAUUCUACUUCUACAGAUACCUCAUCAGAUUGCUUCCACUCGGUAGUCUCGCUUCCUUCACAGGGCCACUACGGUGGAUCGUUUCCCAGCGACCACUCAGAUAGUCACUUGAGUGCGGAGUAUGUCACCCACCACCAGCAUCACCUCUCAUCCCCAGUCGCUUUGCUCUCACCGAAUAUCCUUCCUCCACUCUCAUAUUACUGCAGACCCCACCGCCUCGAAGAUAUCGCACCGCAAGACAUCAUCUUUCUCAUAAUCGAUCUCUUCUUUGACUUCGUGUACCCACUGACUCCGUGCGUACACAAGCCCUCGUUCAUGGCGGCCUUGCGUGCGCAUCGCGAGGAACGUGACCCGCUCUUCUUUGCGCUCGUCAUGUCAACCGUCGCAUCUACCCUCGUACAGGUACCUAGGUCAUAUGUGCCGCUAGAUAGAUCGACGGUGAAGAAGCUUGCAAGGACAUGUUUCGAGGCAAGUAGACACAUCACAGUUGCAUCGUAUGACCCUCCAUCAUCGACGCAUGUUGUAAUUCGAUACUUUGAUUGCUGUUACAACUUUUGCUCGGGGGUCGACGCGACGCAGCAUGCGACCUACGGUGAGGCGGCACACAUCGCUGUCACGCUCCGCAUGCACGAGGAGGCAUCGUAUGAGGGACUUGAUCCGAUCGAAUCGGAAGUUCGACGAAGGGCGUUCUGGUUGCUUUUUGGUGCUGACAAAUCAAUGGCGAUCCUUCUCGGACGACCAGUGUGUUUCCGCGACGAGGACUGUACGGUGCGCUUCCCAGGGGAAAUCGAUGACGAAUACAUUACGAGUAAUGCGUACCUCCCCCAACCUCAAGGCAAAAUCUCUAUUAUCUCGGGGUUAAACUAUGUUUCCCGGAUCUUUGCAUUACUUGGGGAUAUCCUUGUUCGAAUACGUGUCGACAAGCGCUCACCUCCACAUGGUCAGUUUGCUACGGCUCGUCUCGAGGAAGUGGAAUCCCUGCAUACAAGAAUACUCGAGACUCUUGAGAACGUCCCUGAACCACUACAGUUGAAGAGGCAGUUUCCCGCUGGUUACGUUCCUACUGGAAGUAGUGUUAGAGGGGGGAAUAGCGUUGGUACACUGGAUGCCGGGGAAUACCAGUACGGGACUGGAUUCAGGCAGACGACGUUAGGCGAGGUCAAAGAUUUCUUUGACAAUCCUAAAGCAUCUCGUGCAAACGCACUUAACCCCUUCCUCGUACAACAAGGAAAUUUGUACGUGACGCAACAACUUGUGCGAUUUGUGAUCGAACAGUACCGAGACGAGCUUAUUACCUUUAUGCAUGGGAACAUUGAUGAACGUCAGAUGAUGGAGGACCGGGAAGCUGUUGCGAGCGAUUUACUGAAUAUCCUCCAUAGCAUACCCAUUCAAUCUAUCGCGACUAACGGUCCUUCAUUGGUUCAUAAAGUGCGGUUUGUAGCGUCGACGUUACUCGAUGCGGUUGGGAAGGCGGAUUCAGCACCUGCAUCUGCUGAACGAGCCCACGCAUACCUACUGGAUUUCUUAUCGAUCCUGUCGGAGAUUGAGAGGAACUACAUGUGAGUCUUCUCUGCGAAAGUUGAAUCUUUGCGUUGAUACGUUGCCACAGGCUCGAGGACGACCUGAAUCCGGGAGAGAGCGCCAGAUAACUGGAUAAUUCCCUUAGUGAUAACACCUUUAUGCGUGGCGUCCUAAUGUCAAACCCUUCUUCUUCUUGUGGUCAGUAUCCUAUUUGAUACGUUCAACUUCAGAUCCGUUAUUAUUGGCUUAUAUUACUGUUCCUGUCCUCAUUUAAAAUUCUGGUGUUUCGCUAUCAUGUGGUUCUCUUCCUUGUGUCCCCUUUCCGUUUGCCAUCGCCGACAGCUCAACUGGGCGACGAAGUAACCAAGGACCUUCCUCGAGCUUAUUAAUCUGUUCAUGCCUAUGUAUCCAUAGUUCCCGUAGUUCUCGGUAAUGGCACAUCCUCACUGUGC